ACCUUCCCUCCGCUUCGAGCCGCCUUUCAUUCUUUCUCAAAAUGGCGUCUUCUUCCUCCUCAGCCCCGGGCGGCAGCGGCGAUGGCGAUGGAGUUCUGUCCCGCAUAUCGAGAUCGGUGUCGCAGUCUGCGAUCGUCGCGCGAGGCAGAGACGCCGCUGCUGAGGCGUCCACCGUAGCCAAGAAGCUCCUCCGCAGCACUGGAAAGGCCGCGUGGAUAGCAGGAACGACAUUCCUCGUGCUCGUCGUCCCCCUCAUCAUCGAGAUGGACCGAGAGCAGCAAAUCAACGAUCUGGAGAUGCAGCAGUCCGCCCUCCUCGGCGCCCCCCCGGCGACUCUGCCUUCCUAAAAGGGCACGCCUGAGACAGAAGCGAUCCAACCCCAUGCUUCGAUUGGCUUUAAGGUAGUCGGAUUUUGUUUGAUGAGCCACAAAUACUUCAGUUUUCUUUCAUGUUGAUUUGAAUCAUGUUUUGGAUUUCAUGGAGGGUGAUCCCAUUUGGUUGUUUUCAGUGACUCCUUCUGACGAACGUAGAUUUAGGGUAAAAGAUAGAUGAAUUUUGAUGCUAUCCUCCGAUUACCUAAACAAUUGAUCUUGAUUGGUGAUUUGUUAAUAAUUAGCAUUUGGGCGUCCUGUAUUGUGCGGCAGUGAGUAUACUGUUAGAUGAAAUUCUUGGCUCAUCAAGAAUAGAAGUGUUAUUCUUAACAGAUAUGCUAUCUACUAGUUUAUCUUGCCCUUUUUGUGAU